AUGUAUCCUGACAUGAUUCGUCCGCGGAAAUGCAAGCCUUGUCCACCAGCACCUCCGCCACCGCCACCAGCACCACCUCCAUCACCUAAAAAAGAGGUACCACCGCCACCAUCGCCGCCAUCACUCAGGGAAAACGCUGCACAACCAUGUCAACAGGAUUGUUGUUCUCAUUAUGGACAUCUACCAUUUUUGCCAUUAGCACCACCACCAUUGUGGCCACGUCAUUUGCCGCCACAGCUAUCACCGCCGCCGCGUGUUAGAAGCUAUUGGAAUGAUGACUUGGACCAGUUAUCGAGAGUGAGAAGGGUUGAGAGCCUUGAGAUGGGCUAUAGGUUGAAUUUUCGUGACCCUUUCGAUGACUUGUAUGAAGACCAUACUCUACGACGUCACACGGCUUUGCAUUCACAUUCAACCCCUCCACGUGCUCUACCACCACCACCACUAGCGGGACACCACCACCAUGGACCACCGCUAGUGGGACGCCAGCACCAUGGACCACUGCCGCUAGUGGAACACCACCACCACAGACCGCCACCGAGGCUAACCGGGCACCACCGUGAUCACACCCCACUGCUGCUGGGCCACCACCAUGGACCACCAACAUCCUAUUAUUCUCCUCCGGUUGAUUAUGAAUACCAAUACGGCUACUACGGCUGUGACAAUCCAAAUGGUUGCACAACUAUGUGA